AUGGCUACUCGACCUGCCGCAGAUGUUCGUGUGGCUAGCCAUGGUCGCGGAGGCGCCGGCAACAUCGCAAAAGAUGAUGCUGCCAACUACCCCAAGCCCGAAGAUCUCGUGACUCCCACGUUGAAGUCCAAGGCCUACACCACCGGCCGUGGUGGAACUGGCAACAUGGCCGUCAACGACCCCGAGCGACCCGAUCUUGCGCGCGCUGCGCAGGAUGUCGAUGCGCCACCCCCGCCAGAGCCGCAAGGUCCUACGCACUAUGGACGAGGUGGAGCUGCAAACAUUAUUAGUAAGGAUGGCCAGGCUGCACCGCGCAACAGCGUCGAGGCAAAGCGCGAGGAUAACGGUGCCUCCAAGGGACUGUUGUCCAAGGGCAAGGAGCUUCUGAACAAGCUGGGCAAGAAAUGA